UCAUAAUUAGUCUAUGAAACAACAAAUAAUUGCUCAAUAAAUAAUUUAUUAUAACAGAUUAAUAGAAAAUUAUUGACUAUGUUUAGAGAUGGCGUCAUCUGGUGGUUCUGGAUGAACACGAAAGAGAUUGAAAAGAUUCAUUGGGCGUAACAUUAGUAUGAGUACGAGAAAUAAGGACCCAAAUGAUGGAGAUGAGACGGAGUCAGAGUCAGAUUCAGAUAUGAGUCACAACCACAACCACAUCAGCUAGUGACGCCGAUGAGUUUGAGGGCAGACGGUUUUCCUCAGUUUGAUUUUCUGUUUUCUAGUAUGACUGGUAGUGGACCUGGUUCCAGUCACAACUUUGGGGCGAGGGAUCAUCAUACUUCACCGUUUGAGCCUUCAGACGAGAUUGAUGACGAGCCUGAGCAGUAUGAGUCGGAUGCUGUUGAGUAUCGCAUUCCACGAGUCAGUCCGAUCAGAGAUAGAGGUGCCGCCAGCGGAUCGUCACAUGUCGUUACUGGGGUUCAUGCCGUUACUGGGAUUUAUAGAGACCAUGCG